AUGGAUCCCAAUUGGCCGGCCGCAACACCACCGCCAGGUGUGGUUCCAAACUUCGACAAUCCACCGUCACAACGAACAGCAAUCAUCGUGUUGCAAACAAUUUUCCUAACCCUCACGGUCCUGGCGGUUUCUACUCGUAUUUAUGUGCGGACAUGUAUUAUCAAACUCUGGGGCGCCGAAGACACUACCUGCAUCCUCGCCACAUGCGGCGCGAUUGCUCAUAUGACGCUCUAUAUCCAGACUCUACCACUAGGGUUCGGACGACACAUGUGGGAUGUGCGGGCAAUCAACCUCAUCAAUCCCUCUUCCAACCGUAAACUCUCCGCCGGCGGCAUCACUUUCCCCUGGACGGUCUGCUUUGCAAAGAUUUCAAUCCUACUUCUGUAUAAGCGCAUUUUCCCACUGCGCCGCGAGAUCAUCGCAGUGUGGGUAGGUAUCGUCGCCGAUGCGGUGCUUUACGCCUUUUGCAUCGCCAUCGCCAUCGGCAGUAUGGUGAAGUGCGCGGAGCUGUCGCAGUUGAGGGACCCAUACUGUAAAUUCAAUUCCGGGACCAUGAUCACUAUCCAAUCUGUGAUCAACGUCGUCACCGACUUCUACGUGUUGCUUCUGCCCAUCCCGCGUCUGGUCAAGCUGCAGGUCAGUCGACGGCGGCAGAUUGGCCUUUUGCUGACGUUCCUGAGUGGGCUUGGUGCCUGCGCGACCAGUUUGGCUCGGCUGAUCAACUUUCAGCUCAAUGACAGCGCGGAUGUCUUCUGGACCACGGGUCGCAAUGCCCAGUUCACAAUUGUCGAGAUGAACAUUGCCAUCAUUGUCGCGUGCGCUACAUCUUUCCCAGUGUUCUUCGCCCGGAUGCACUCUCUCGGCUCAUCCUUUUAUAAUUCGGCUAUCUCCUUGCUCCAUAGUACACGGGGGUCUCCCAAGGCCAGUCAGACUGGCAACCACUCUAACAGAAGGCCGACCAAGCACAUCGGCCCUGUCCUUGUUACCGGCGGUAAUGGCUUCAUAGCCUACCACAUCAUCGCCAACAUUCUCGAGGAGGAGCCUGAUUGCAGCAUCCAUUCGAUAGACGUAAAGAUUGACCGCAACCGCCAUUCUCAUCCGAACGUGCACUAUCACCAUGGCGAUUUGGCCUGCGCCGCCGAUGUACAGCGCAUCAUGCAGAUUGCCCGCCCGGUUACCAUCUUCCAUACUGCAUCUCCCGAAUUCUCCGAUGCCCCGCAGUCUGCUUACCACCGCAUCAUCGUGGAGGGUGCACAUCACCUCCUAGACGCUGCGGUGAAGGUGAGCACCGUGCGAGCCCUAAUCAACACAUCAACCUCGGGCGUGAUCAACGAUAACCACACGGAUCUCAUUGAUGCCACAGAGGAACUGCCAAUCCUGCACCCCCCGCUUCAGAAGCGGCUCUAUUGCAUCGCUAAGGCAGAUGCAGAAGAAGCGAUCCAAGCUGCCAAUCGUAACGGCGGCCAGGAUGAUCGGGGCAUCCUGACCUGCGCGAUGCGACCCGGUCUAGUCUUCGGUGAACGAGACGUCGGCACCUUAGGCAAGAUGUUCGCCGUCGCGCGCCAAGGCAAGUCCCGGUUCCAGAUGGGCAACGGACAAAACCCUUACGAUUUUGUCUACGUGGGGAACCUGGCAGAUGCACACCUCCUAGCCGCCCAUGCCCUUCUCAACGCCUGGGGCAAGCCUCGCCCGACAGACGCCUCGACCCGAGUCGAUGGUGAAUGCUUCCAUGUCACGAAUGAAGACCCCUGGCUCUUUUGGGAUUUCCAGAGGGCGGUUUCCGCCCUCACGGGCAACCCAAUCCGGCCUGAGGAUAUUAUCGUGAUCCCGAAGUGGGUUGGACUGACGCUCGGGUUCGUGAAUGAGUGGGUUGCGUGGAUCGUUUCCGGCGGUACUAGAACUGCCAAUAUGACUCGUGAGGGUAUUCGCUUUAGUACUCUGAUCCGCACGCUGAAUGGAAACAAGGCCAGACGGGUGCUUGGGUAUCGUCCUAAGGUGGGUAUGCAGGAAGGUCUUGAGCGAAGUGUGCGUUGGUUCAUGGAGAAUGCCGAGGGGAAGGCCUAG